GGAAAAAAAGAAAAGCUAAGAAAAAAAAAAACAACAACAAUAGGAAAAGGCGAAGGAAUGACUCGUCUGGGCAACCCUACGGGCGGUGCACGGGGUGGUUAAUACUCUUCUUUAUUCACCUAGGCGAAAAAAAGGGGGUUGCUGCGGUUUGCGUUGGGGGGAUAGCAAAAAAAAAUCGCAAAACAGGAGCUGGUUGUGGCUUUUUGCAGCCUCUUUUCUUGGGGAGCUCUAGGGGGAAAGUGGGUGCUGUCGCGAAUUAUGGCCCUGUGCAUCUCGCUGCGGAAAAUGCCUUUUAAUCAACAAAUAAAGCUCCCCGAAUAGGCCGCCCUCUUCCCCACGCGGUGUCUGCAGCAAGGGAUCAAACUUUAAAUAGGCUCCGAAGCGCUGGAUAAGGAAUAUCCAGAGGAAAGGGAGAUUUCAUCUCCUAUUUUUUCUUUUUAAUUAAGAGCUGCCCAGACUCUGACUCCGGGCUUGUAAUUACAGAGAAUAGCGACGGCUCCAAAACAAUGCGAAGCCAUUUCAGGCUGGGGAGAGGUAAAUAAACCACGAGUUUGUUGUUGCCCUUUUUCCCCCCCCCCCCCUUUCUUUCUUUUCCUUUUUUAUGGGGGGUGUUGUUACCCCUAUUUUAUUUUGGAUUUCUUUCAUUUGGAAGCCCUAUUUCCAGCAAAAAAAAAAGGAGAGCGAUAUUUGAGGAGGAAAACCCUGUUGUAAAGAGCAGGGAUAAAUUCCCAGCGAAAGACCCAAAUAAAUAAUUAGGACUCACGUGUGCCAUAAAUGUCAAGUUAAAAAAAGGGGGGGGGGGGAAGGAAGGCAAAAGGGAGGGGGGGAGGCAGAGAUCCCAGAUACAAGGUGAAAUCAGUUUAAAUAAAAAGGCUUUUAAUGGCAUCGCUUGUAUUUACCUCUAAGAGCUUCGAGGAUUUAAUCAGAUGGGAGCGCGCAGCCCUAGGGCCAUAUGGGGGGAUGUGUAUGUGUGUAUGCAUGUGUGUGUGUGCAUGGGCCUUGCACACGCAUAGGUGUGGGUAUUUUAGGGGUGGGGGGGUCAAGAUUAAGGGUGUUCCCCCUUCAGUGCAUUGCCAAAGAUGCGUUUUUGCGACAGUUUACAGCAAAACCCACUCAUCCUGCUUAAAUAAUUGGAAUUUUUAAGGGGGGGGGGGGUAAUGGAUCCAUACCCCUGAACGGGUGAGCACCUCCCACCCCCCUACUAUGACACGCGUGUGGGGAGGGGGUGUGUGGAGCCCCAUCGCUUGCCCCACGCAGGGAUCAGCCCCGAGUGGGCAACGUGGCUGGGAAGGGAAGAAAAGAGGCUCCCCCCACACACAUACACACACCCCCCCCCCGCUGCCAGUAGCGGUGUCUGCAGGCGGUUCAGGGAGGGAGGGAAAGGGGGGGGGACACACACACUGAUUUGGAUUUGUUUCCUUUCAGUAAUUACUGAGGGAUAGAAAACACAUGUGUUGGGAUCGCUUUUUUUUUUCUUAACCCCCCUUUUUUUUUUCCUCUUCUUCCCCUAAAUCAGUUCAUCAAUUCGCAAAUUAUAGCUGGGAACGGGGGGGGGGAAGGAAAUCUCCCGACACGUUUUUCUUUCUAUUUUAUUCUCCGCCCCCCCCCCCCCCCCCCUUUUUCUCUGUGUGAGCAUCAGUGGGGGGAGAGGGAAGAAAAAGAAGAGGGAGGGGGAAGAAUAUAGCUUAUGAGUGGUGAAUGUUAUUUCGGAUUUCUAUGGGCGCUUUUCUUUUCUGGGAACAAAGAGCAACUCCUAUUAAAGAGCUACUCGAAGACUUGUACAUAUUUCUACUGCUGUGUAGCACUUUUAAUAAAACAUCUGUUCUUGCUUCUGCUGAUGAGUUUACAUAAUUGUUUGCAGACCAAUUUAACCAGAAAGCGCCCCACAUAUUCCCUCUCCAUGUUUUCAUGGGGGAGAAAAUAAAUACCUUUUUGGUAGUGACACAGCUUGAUGAAAUACUUUCGAGAAAUCCCCAAACUGCUAGAAAAUAUCAAUGGGGGGAAAAAAUAAUACAGAUCCAGUGCAUUCAAAACGUGAGGCAAUGAGGAAAACAUACUUUAAUGAUGCCUCAUUUGUAUUUGGGGUGGUUCUGCUCUAUUUUUGUUUUUCAGCCCCCUCCUCUUCUCUCUCUGCCUUUUCUCCCCAGAAACCUGGGUUUUAGCGUGGGGAGAGGAUUCUAUUUUAAGUUUCUUUACGGCAGCUGGUUUCUGUUCACUAUAAAUCGACCAGACUUUUAAGACUUGCCCUCUGUUUAGAGAAGUAAUAAAACACUUAACUUUCUCGACUCCUAGUCACACGGUUAUCACACAGGUCUCUCGAUACAACAGCCCCGAGCACCUACACAAAAUAGAAAAGAAAAAAAAAGGGGGGGGGGGGGCAAAAAAAUAAUAAUAAAAAAUAAAAAUGAGAAAUAAAAAGAAAAAACUCCCCCCCCCCCCCCCCCCCAAAGGAACUCCUCCAGGGACUCCUCCAAACUUUGGCGAGGGUAUCAAUACCCUUCCAUAGGUACAACUCCCCCCAGCCAAAGGUCCAACCCAUCCAGCUGUAGCUCCUUUUAAUUUACUCGCCAAAUUACAUCGGGCUGUAAGCAAUACAUAAGGUAAGACAACACGCCAAUAACUGUAGAGCCCUCAUCCAUUCUCCUCUGCCUCCAGCCCAUUUGUUGGACCUUUGCAACAAUUUAAUAUCUGGAAGGAGCCUGCCUGGUCAGUGGUUUCCAAAGAAACCCAGCUCUGAAAGGGCUUGGGCUCAGAGGAGAGGUGCCCAUGGCUACUUGUAUUUACAGCAGCCCCUUUGCUCCCCAGCUCUGUGUCCCCCCCCCCUUCACCGGGUGGGGGUUUCACAUCUCAGCAGAAAGCAGUAAAAAAUCAAAAUAGCCAUAAUAAUCCCCCCCAGUAAUCACAUUUCUUUCUUAGUUUCUUUAUUUUCGCCUUUCUUUGACUCCAGAAAUGCCCGGGCGGGUUCUUGGGAAAGAGGAGAAGGAGAAAAGGGAAACGAAAGCAAACUGAAGUUCGCUUUUUGGGGAGGGGGAACCGCCUGUAAAUCUCCCCCCAUGCAGAUGAGUCUUGUGCCUGCUCCAGGUUGGGCAGCCCUAGGUGGGAGCCAGCGAGCUCCCCAUGCUAAAGAAGAUGGUGCACACUUCCAGCUCUCCCCUUUUUUGGUUCGAAACUUUAUUUUUUUCCCCUAGUGACACUCAGGGGAAGCCUUAACGUUAUAGAAGAUGAAUACACGAGCUUUUUUUUUUUCAGUUGUAGUCUCGUUUAUGGUUUUAUUGCUACCAUUGAUUACUUUGCUUUGUUACACAGAGGAAAAAGAGCAUAAAAUCCGUUGGCAUCCGGGUUCCUGUUAUAGCUGGGGAAAAAAAUAUACACCCACCGCCCCCCAACCCUUCUUUGUCAGCUAAAAUCUUUUAGGGAUACAUCGCUAAAAGAAAAGGGGGAAAAAAAAAUCAAAGGAAUUAAGGCUAUUGAUUGAGAGGAAGACACACAAAUAACUCCCAGGUUUGAAUUGGAGUGUGCACCCACAAACCUUCCUCUCCCCAGCCCCCCGCUUAAAAUGAAAACGUGGACACGAUGGAGGUUGAAAGAAAACCCCCAGCAACAACAGAGAGGAGGCCAGGGUUUCCCUGCCAUAAUUGCAUUUUUAAAUAGCAAGCCACCAGAAUGAUAAAGAUACCUCGCAAUAUUUACAGAUCAGCAGGUAUGUUUUACAUUUAAGGGGCAAUUUAUGGCUCUGGAUUGAAAUUAAAAUUAGAUUAGCUGUCUUCAUUUCAAUUAGGUCUAGGUGCAAUCUACCAGGAGAAGAUAGGGUGGAAUCCUCCCUUUCAUCUAACUAAAUAUUUGCAGGAGAAGUUUCCCAAUCAGUUGUAAAUAUCUGCAACUAUAAAUUGCUGCAAACACCAACACGAGGUUGCGUCCCCAGCCCAGGCUCCCCAUUCCAAACAGAAACGCUCUGGUUAUUUUUUUUUAUUGCAUUUAUUCCUCUUUUGGUGUAUUUUUUUUUUUUUUGCUGCUGUUGUAGUUGAAAAUGUAAAUACCCUCCAGCUUUGAGAAUGAACAGGGAAACGUUUGAGGGGAGAAAUGUCAAACUCGAGGAGAAAUCUAACUUCCAGGCUAAACGUGAGUUUGCAGUGUUGGGUGUUGCUUUGCUGGAUGUCUUUCUUUCCCCCCCCCCCCUCUCCCCUCCCCAAGACACACUUUGGGAAGGCUCUGAAACACGUUAUCAAUUCAGAAGUCGCCAUGUUUUCCCCCCUCUCUUUAUGGAAUAUUUUCUCAUCAGGAACACAACCGUUUGAUUCCAUAAUAUUGACCAAUGCUACAUGAGAACAAGAAGAAGGAGAAAAAAAAACAAAAAACAAAACAACAACCCAAAACAACCCAGAGGGUAAUUUAUGGCUUAAUAUUCUGUGGACAUCUGAGAUUUAUUACUGUGAAUUCUGAGCUAUUUUAUUACAAGAUAUUAAGCAAACAUUGCUUAAAACAACCCACCCAACACAACACCACCACCACCACACGCACCACAACCCCAAAGCGCAAGCCCCAGAACGCUCAGGCACACAGACGGUGCUUCCAAACCUCAGUGACCAUUAGCAGAAAAGGGGGGUGAAGGAGAAAAGGGGGGGGGGAGGGAAAAGUUAAGCCUAGCUUAAGAAAUUUGCCCCCCACCCCCCCUCCUUUUUCCCCCCCUUCAGCCCCAAGCAGGAUCCCCAGCCCAGGAGCGCUCCCCUCCCCACCGCAUCCUCCCCAACCCCCGGCGCCCCGGGGGUGCUGGGGGGGGUUUGGGGGUGCAGGACUUACUUUCCAUGCCCACUUAGUUUCAACUAGGGAAUCAACAGAAGCAAAAGCAAUUUUUUCCCUUUUUGACACCCGCCUCCCCAUUGGCUCCCCCCGGGUCAGCUGACUUUGUCAUUUUGUCUGUCCUGGAGCAGAGCCUUCCCUAUAACAAUCUAGUUCAGACUACAAACUGGAGACAGAAAUAAAUAUUAAAGAAAUCACACAGCCAGGUGUAGAGGACGAUAUGAAUUCCUAUUUUACAAACCCAUCUUUAUCCUGCCAUCUAACCAGUGGCCAAGAGGUGCUUCCCAACGUAGCCCUCAAUUCAACUGCCUAUGACCCUGUCAGGCAUUUUUCUACUUAUGGAGCAGCCGUUGCUCAAAACCGGAUUUAUUCUUCUCCUUUUUAUUCACCGCAAGAUAAUGUUGUGUUUAGCUCCAGCCGAGGACCUUAUGACUAUGGAUCUAAUGCUUUUUACCAAGAAAAAGACAUGCUUUCUAGCUGCAGGCAAAAUUCUAUGGGACAUAAUACACAGACAUCAAUCGCACAGGAUUUUACCAGUGACCAAAACAGGAACACUUCGCAAGAACAAAAAACUAGCAUUCAAAUAUACCCAUGGAUGCAGCGUAUGAACUCCCACAGUGGAGUGGGCUACGGGGCCGACCGCCGGCGGGGCCGCCAGAUUUAUUCCCGUUAUCAAACCUUGGAGCUGGAGAAGGAAUUUCACUUCAACCGGUACCUGACCCGGCGAAGGCGGAUCGAGAUCGCCAACGCUCUGUGCCUGACGGAGCGGCAGAUCAAAAUCUGGUUCCAAAACCGGAGGAUGAAAUGGAAAAAAGAGAGUAAUUUGAGUUCAACCCUCUCCGGGGCGGGGGGGGGGGCAGCCGCCGCAGCCGCCGACAGCUUGGCCAAGGAGGAGAAGCGAGAAGAGACAGAGGAGGAGAAGCAGAAGGAGUGAAAAAGUGACAGCUCGGCGGCAGGACACCCCCCCACACACACACACUCCCCUCCAACCCCCCCCUCCAGACCCGUAUUUAUCACUGGCACAAUGUUUGGCUACGUUAAAAAAAAAAAAAAAAAAAGGAAAAAAAAAAAGGAAAAAAAAAGGAGAAAAAUUAUUAAAAAAAUAAUAUUAAUGGGGGGGUGUUAAAAAAUUAAGGUCUAAGGUGGAAAUGUGGACACCCCCCCCCUCGCUACACAGCCCCCUCCCAGUGACCCCAUCCCCCGCACACCCAUCUCGCCAUCGCCUAUUUAUCUAUCUCGGGAUAAGACUGUUUCAAGCCGCACACGCUCCACACCCCCCUUCUCCUCCUCCUCCUCCUCUCCCAUCCCUUCCUUCCACCACCACCACCCCCCCCCCAAAAAAAAAUUGGGCAUCCACCCUCCGCUGCGCCGGGUCGGCCCCUGCCCAGUCGCUUCUCUUUCCCCCCCAGGCAGAGCAGCUCUUCCUCCCCUGGUGAAAAAUCAGAUUUUCCCUGCCAAAAGCUCUUUUCCACCUAAAUAUCGCAUUUUCAAGAGCAUCCUCCUUGUAUUUAAGCAGAUACCUGGGCUCAUCGCUGCAUACUACAAACUGUGACAGUUUCUGUGUGAAUAUUUUUAACUGUGUUUGUGGUACCUGUAUUUAUAUUUAUGUUUAGCACUGUAAUGUUCCACGGUAUAAAGUGAAUGGAGUUCUAUAGCGGUAGAAAAGGAAGGAAAAAAAAUAAUAAAGAAAUAAUAAAAGAGACAAAAAAAAAAAAGGAGAAUUAAAUCAAUUCUUGUGUUACACCCUCAUGUACAAAGGUCAUGUCCAGAGGACUAUGUUGAGUAUUUAAUAAAAGCUGAAUAUUAUUUUUAAAGUUUAUAGAAUGGCCUCUGAGCUUCAGUCGAAACCUUGCGUGUUGAGAACAGCCUGUUAGAAAGUUCACUUAUCUUCUGUGUGUUGUUCCUGAAAAAGCAAGCAUCAGCUCCCUCUCUCCUUUUCCUCCCUCCUUCGUCCCUCUCUCUUUCAAGAGUAUUCCCCCCCCCCAAAAAAAAAAGAAAGAAAAAAGGGGGGGUGUGGGGGAAAUACAUUUUGCUUUGUCUCCUUGAAUUGGUCUUGUUACUGUAUUGUUCGGUGGCAUCAGGAAUCUAUGCCAUACCUCUCGCGUCAUGAUUAAAAAUGGAUUUCCAAAGUUCAAA